AUGGAGAAAAUUAGCUUGGACAUGGUGGUGGUCAAUUGGGAGGAGGUUAUCUUCUUUACUAGGAAACAAGUGCUGGAGGAGCUGGAGGGUGGAACUAGUGGUAGCUAUACGAAGAAGGCGGUUGCUAGUGGCAAACAUGGUGCUGGUGGCAAACAUGAUGCUAGUGCCAUUGGAGGCAACGAACAUGGUGGUGGUGCUGAUGGUAAACAUGGCGCUAGUGGCAAACAUGGUGGUGGUGGCAAACAUGAUGCUAGUGCCAUUGGAGGCAACGAACAUGGUGGUGGUGCUGAUGGUAAACAUGGCGCUAGUGGCAAACAUGGUGUUGGUGGCAAACAUGGUGCUAGUGCCAUUGGAGGCGACGAACAUAGUGGUGGUGCUGAUGGUAAACAUGGUGCUAGUGGCAAAUAUGGUGCUGGUGGCAAACAUGGUGCUGGUGGAAAACAUGGCGAAGGCUAUGAUGGAGGUAGAGGACAUGGUGGUAGUGCCAGAAGAGGUUAUGCUGUUGGAGGAGCAAGUGGUGGAGGAGUUGGAGGUGGAGCUAGUGGUGGCUAUUCAGGUGGUGCAGGGGGAGGAGGAGGUUCCGGUGGUGGCAGCAGCUAUAGAGGAGCUCAUGGAGGUGCAUAUGGAGGACGAGGUGGUGGUGAGAGCGGAGGCUAUGGUGCUGGUAGUAAACAUGGCAAAGGCUAUGGAGGAGGCAGCGGACAUGGUGGUGGUGCUGGAGGAAGCGGCGGACAUGGUGCUGGUACCAUUGGAGGCAACAAACAUGGUGGUGGUGCCGAUGGCAAACUUGGUGAUGGUGCCAUUAAAGGCGGCGAACAUGGUGGUGUAGCCGGAGGAGGCGACGGACAUGGUGGUGGUGCCGUUGGAAGUUAUGCUGCUGGAGGAGCAAGUGGUGGUGGGGUUGGAGGUGGAGCUAGUGGUGGCUAUGCAGGUGGUGCAGCGGGAGGAGUUUUCGGUAGUGGCAGCGGCUAUGAAGGAGCUUAUGGAGCUGCAUAUUGGGGACAAGGUGGUGGUGAGAGCGGUGGUUAUGCUCCUUGA